GGGCGUUACUAGGAGGAGAAAAUUCGAGAUAGAGAAAGAAAAUGUCUGAAGAAAAGAAAGAAGGAGGCAGAACGCAGUUCUCCAUGUCCCUGCCACGUCUAGACGUGCGUAUCCGUCCACCCCAGGUAGAGCCACCAGAUCCUGUCUCAGCGGCUGAAGAAGCAAGGCGUAGGCCACGGCCACCAGAGCGGUGUUUUUUCUGGACAGAGUACCCAGAAAGCGGCUUCCCUAGUCGCGUGAACCACUCUACUGCUGUAGCUCGUAAUGGGAAAGAUGGCAAGUGUUAUGUGUACUCCAUUGGAGGGUUCCAUGCAAGUGAUGAGGAGAAAGAGAGGAGGGCAAAAGCUGAGAAUGACCCUUCUCCUUUUAACACUGGCCCCAUUGAUAUACAUUGCAUGGACGUUGAAACUCAUAAAUGGGCAAAAGUUGAUGUGAUACGGAGAACAAAAAAUAAAGACAUUCCAAUCAGAGGAGGUGUGCCACCCCGUCGCUAUGGACAUGCCUGUGUUGGAUAUAAGGAUAAAAUAUUCAUGUAUGGAGGCCGUAAUGACGACGAUGGCUCCUUUAGAGUGAUGGAGUGUUUUGAUGUAACUCGAUCAAUGUGGUUAAAGAUACAUGCUACUGCUGAAGGAUGCGCACUACCAAGAUCAAGAGAUGGACAUGCAUGUACCGUCAAAGGAAACAUCAUGUAUUUGCAUGGAGGCUUUGAUACUGGCUCAUUAGUAUUCACUGGUGACCUUUAUGCUUUUGACAUGGAUAGCCACAUAUGGACAUUAUUACCUCCUAAUGGUGACCGCUGUCCAGAAAGAGAUUUCCAUACUGCGACGCAUGUAGAAAGGAAAGUCAUCGUUUUUGGUGGACGAUCUGAUAUUAUUGCUCCUGAUUUUAGCAAUCAAGAUAUCUUUGACACGGCUUUUUAUGAGUAUCUCCUUGAUGAGUUUAGAUGGGUGAAAGUGGCAAAACCAGAUGGGUAUCAGCCACACGCUAGAAGGAGUCAUUGUGCCGUUAGAUGUGGUGUUCAUAAAAUUUUAUUCUUUGGCGGAUACAAUGGAGGAAAUAAGAGACACUUUAAUGACGUCUUCAUUUAUGAUUCUCUUAAUCGUCUUACAACUGAGAUUAUACCUUUUGGCAUACCUCCCAGCCCUCGUAGAAGGUGUGGCUAUUGCAUUACUAACAACGAGCUCAUACUCUGUGGCGGAACAAGUCCAACUGAGAGGGUUUAUGAUGGAAAGAAACACUUGAUACUUCAUGAUCAUUCUGACACAUUUGUAUUGUCAUUAUUACCAACGCUACAGCAGUUGUGUAUGAUGGUUGUGAAAGAGCUUCACUUAAGUACAGCUGGUCUUCCUAUACACAUUAGACAAGAAUUACAAAAUAUUUAGAUUCGUCUAGGUGAUAGUCAGUUGAGCUUCUCUCAUUCGUAUUGACUUUUCAUUAAAAUAAUGUCUAUUGACAAGUUUGAUUUGUAUUAGUUAAUAAUAAUAUUUAAUAUAAUAGAAAUUAUUUUUACACGUGUUUCUAGCGAUUCUAUUGGUCGCUUAAGACUUUUA